UGGUAUUGUUGUGGUGACGGCGGUGAAUUAAUGCUCCUGUUUUAACUGUUGUGAUUAUCUGUGCUGAGACAUUCAGGGUCAGACAAUCAUCAUGAAGAUUGCUAUGGAUGAACUAGUGAAGCGGCUUGGGAACCCAGGCAAGUGUCAGCUGUUCCUGUAUGUGCUGUUAGGCCUGAACUACUUCCCUGUUGUCACCAACCAUCUUCUUAUGGCUGUUUUGGGGUCGAAAAUUCCUUUCCACUGUGAUGAAGACAGGAGUAAUGGGUAUUCCAUGGCCAACAUCACUAGCCAAUCACAGAACACGUGUGAGGUGCCCAGCAAAGGCACACACAAUGGAACGACCAAUCAAACACAGGAUUGUACAACUGGGUGGGUGUAUGAUACAUCUGAAGUCACCAUUGUAACAGAGUGGGACCUGGUCUGUCAGCACAAGCACCUAGUGUCUCUCUCCACCACGGUAUACUUCUGCGGGGUCAUGCUUGGGGGUCUCAUCUUCGGCUUCCUCUCGGAUUACUUUGGGAGGAAACCAUUCAUCCUCUUCACGCUCUACAGCAAUUUCGCUGUGGGAAUCGGAAUGUUUUUUGUGCCAAGUUAUGCAGUAUUUACAAGUCUUCGCUUUGUACAAGGAGCCUUAAUGCAGGGCCUGCAGACCACAUCAUACGCCAUGGUCAUGGAGUUAUUUAGCCCUGCUCAUCGUGCGUAUGUCGGUGCAGCUUUGGAGCUCUUCUGGGGGUGUUCUUAUAUCAUCUUAGCUUUAAUCUGGUACCUGAUUCAGGACUGGAGAUACAUACAGCUGGCCAUCACCCUACCCUCAGCACUCACCAUCACCUACAUAUGGUUAUUGCCCGAGUCGUUCAGAUGGCUUCUGCUGAAGAACAAAUUCCAGGCAGCAGACAAUGUGAUCAACAGGAUAGUCAAGUGGAACAAGAUCCCUUACCCCGAGGAUUCUGUGACCCUGGUGAAGUCACAGAUCAAGGCCAUGUCAGACAAUCACACAGUCAGCUACACCGUCGUGGACCUGUUUAAGACACCGGUCAUUAGAAGGCGGUCACUUAUCCUCUUUUAUAAUUGGUUUGCCACAGCUUUGGGUUACUAUGGCCUGUCUCUCAGUUUUACGCAGCUGGCCGGCAAUAAAUUCCUCAUCUUCUUCAUCAGUGGAGUCGUGGAACUGCCAGCUUACAUGGCGUCCAUUUAUAUUCUCAACAGGUUUGGUCGUAGAAAGCCAAUGGCAGGAUUCUUCAUCCUCUGUGGUAUCACUUGUAUUGGGGCUGGUAUGAUCCACAGUAAAGACGCUAGCCUCCAGAACCUGUCCCUGGCCUUGUCUCUCAUCGGGAAGUUCAGCACUGCUGGCCUCUUCAGUGUUGUGUUCCUGUACACAGCAGAGCUGUACCCAACAGUAAUCAGAAACGUGGGUUGUGGAGCAUGUGCCUUCUGGAUGAGGGCAGCUGGGGUGGCGGCCCCGCAGAUUCUACGACUGGGUUUUGUCACAUUCAAGCAGCUUCCUACCAUUAUAUUUGGGGGUGUGGCCCUGGUGGGAGGGGCCUUAACUCUGACCCUCUCUGAGACUCUGAACAAAAAAUUACCUGACAAGAUCGAGGACGUAGAAGACGUGGCAGACUUAGAGAUGGAGGAGGUAAAAGCAUCCAGCGAGAGAGGAGACGCUGGGAUGCCUCUGAAGGUGUCACCGGACCAUGAAGUGGACAGCAAUGGCAUAUGAGAAGAGAGGAUAAAGUAGGGACGGAAGAAUUGAGGAUGGGAGGGGAUAGUGUCCGGUAAAUGAAAGCCAUGCGUGCCAUCGCUGAGAGAAGCGAAAAAACUUUUGCAUGUCUUGAAAAGAAAAGACCUCUAAAAGCAGUAAGCAUCAAUCGACAUACCACUUAAAACUAGGAACAAAUAUACUUUCAUUUAUUUAUAUUUUUUUUUUUCGAUUUUUGUUAAAGGUGUUCAAACAUCUGAAUUCUAAAGUGGGCUUUAUGGACAAUAGUAUGAGAGUUGAGUAACGCUGAUGUCACAGGAAGUUUUCCCAACUCUAAUCACGACACAAAAUGUUGGAAUAACUCUAUUUUUUACCCAUGAGUAAAACAUUACUGAAAUAAUGUUCCCAAAAAUUCCUUCUUUCUGGUGAACACCAGGAAAAAAGUGAAGUGACGUCAGAGAUCCUAGAUACCGUCAGUAUGGCUUAUCCAACCCCCUCCAUAGUAUUCCAAUAUUUGAAUGCCUUUCAAUACUCAUUCAAUACAUGAAAGUAUUUAUGCAUAGUCUUCAGUUGUCCGCAUGAUGAACGUUGCAUCAUAUUUUAGCUUUCUUUUACGUUGAAAUGAUUUAAUAGAAGCUCUUGUCAUUGAUACUCCCUUAAACUGUUUGCAGGUGGUGCCAGUUUUUUGGUCAAUGAAAUCCUGUGUAUACUCUCAAGGGCUGUAUUCAUGAGAACAGAAAUGGUUCUCAAACAUGUUGACACAUACCAUACACACCAUACGGGUAGACACACACCAUACAUGUAGACACAUGCCGUACAUGCAGACACACGCCGUUCAUGUAGACACACGCCGUACAUGUAUACACACACCAUACAUGUAGACACACACUGUACAUGUAGACAUACA